CCGCCCGCCUGUCACCUCCCUUCACCGCUGUCACCGCCCUCAUGUCCUCGGCUCACUUCAACCGGGGUCCAGCCUACGGGCUGUCCGCCGAAGUCAAGAACAAGCUGGCCCAGAAGUACGACCCCCAGCGGGAACAGGAGCUGCGGGAGUGGAUCGAGGGGGUGACGGGGCGUCACAUCGGCAGCCGUUUCAUGGACGGGCUCAAAGACGGCAUCAUCCUCUGCGAAUUCAUCAACAAACUGCAGCCAGGCUCGGUGAAGAAGAUCAACGAGUCGACCCAGAACUGGCACCAGCUGGAGAACAUCGGCAAUUUUAUCAAGGCCGUCACCAAGUACGGAGUGAAGCCCCAUGACAUCUUCGAGGCCAACGACCUGUUCGAGAACACAAACCACACGCAGGUGCAGUCCACGCUCCUGGCACUGGCCAGCAUGGCCAAGACGAAAGGGAACAAGGUGAACGUGGGCGUGAAAUACGCUGAGAAGCAGGAGCGCAAGUUCGAGCCCGAGAAGCUGCGACAGGGGAGAAACAUCAUCGGGCUGCAGAUGGGCACCAACAAGUUUGCCAGCCAGCAGGGCAUGACGGCCUAUGGCACCCGGCGCCAUCUCUACGACCCCAAGCUGGGUACGGACCAGCCGCUGGACCAGGCCACCAUCAGCCUGCAGAUGGGCACCAACAAAGGCGCCAGCCAGGCUGGUAUGACAGCGCCUGGCACCAAGCGACAAAUCUUCGAGCCGUCGCUGGGCAUGGAGCAUUGCGACACUCUCAAUGUGAGUCUACAAAUGGGCAGUAACAAAGGAGCGUCGCAGCGGGGCAUGACGGUGUACGGGCUCCCUCGCCAGGUUUACGACCCCAAGUACUGCCUGAACCCCGAGCUGGACGAGCUGGAGGAGGCCUCCCACAACCACCACCCACACAACUACUAUAACUCCACCUAG